GCUACGUACGGAUAGUAGUAGCCGCAGAAUGGGUGGAGGUGGUGGCAUUGUGAAGAAGAUAUGGUGCUGUGGAGCCAAGAGUUUCCCCUCAUCAGAGGUGGAGGAUGUGCCGGAGGGUCAUGUGCGGGUUUACGUGGGGAAAGACAUCAAGUGCAAAUUCGAGAUGGAAGCCAACUUUCUCAAUCAUCCUCUCUUUGAGAGCCUGCUUCGUCUCUCCGAGGAAGAAUUUGGUUAUUCCUAUGAUGGUGCCCUUAGGAUAGCCUGCGAGAUCGAUCUCUUCCAGUACCUUGUCCAUCUUCUCAAGACCAGUAAUCCCUCUGUCCAUUAUAUGGAUCUUUCUGAUCUCAUUUCCAAGUUCUAUGCAUCAAACGCUGCUGCUCCUCCUCAACAAUAAUGUAUACAUACAUACAUACAUAUAUAUAUAUAUAUAUAUGCAUUCAUCAUUCUUUUUCCUCUUUUCCACCAGAGUCUCUCUCCGGACUGAAGCCUUUGGGUUUUUGGCGGCUCCUCUCCGACCCUUUGUACUUUUUCCAAUACCAUAAGCAUAGGGUUUCCCUUUGCUUAAUUAAUUGAAUUAUAGAGA